AUGUCUAAACAUAAUUAUACAAAUCCGGCUUUUUGCCAGAACAGUGAAUUUUAUCCCGUGCCCUCGGCCAACAAAGAAAAUGUGGAAUCAAUUUAUAAUCGUAGCUUACAAAUGAAUUUUAAUUCGAAUACAACGCGUUAUGAUCCGCGCGAAGGUCCAUUGCGUAUGCAACGAAGCAUGUCCACGCGUUCGGUGGCCAUUAAAAAGUCUAUGGUCGAUACAUCACCAGCUGUACAUCAGCCACAACAACAACAACAACACCAACGUAUGCAGCACCAUCAACUGCAGGAAAAACAACAAUUGCAGUUUGUGCAGCAACAACCAGCGCGUCCUAUUAAGCCUCAAACUUCUAAUCGUUUGAAUGAGUCAUUUGAAACUAGAUCAGGUUCUGGCCGUUAUGCUUUAGUGCCUGUAGAAGAGUUGCCUCAAAAUCAAAAUAAUCGUUAUGCCAUUGUGCCCGGUCCACCUUUAACGAAUAUAAAUAAUCCUUCCUCACCCUCUCCCUUAGUGGUUAGCAGACGUUAUGCCAAAUCUCAAGAUGAUUUAGAUCGUUAUUCUUCACAAGUACAAUUGGAACAGGAAGAGCCGCAUUCUUUUCAUGAAGAUCCCUCAGCAGCUCCUUAUGCCAGUUUGCCACCCAUAUUAGAUCAACCACAGCUACAACCUAAACGCAAAAUAUCCCUGCAAAAUCGUCAAUCUUCGGUGCAAAACUUACAGCAGCAACCCCCCAAAAUAAAACAUGCCUUUUCCAGUGAUUUUGGCAGCAAAACUUUCUUAGUGGUAGAUAAAAACUCCAAUCAAAGAUAUCAAAUGGUGCCCACCGCUGAGGAUGAGGAAUUGGUAGAUGAUAAUCAUGAGAUAAUACAAAUGCAUAAUGGUAAAGCCCAUCGUUAUGCCAUGAUACCAGCCGAGGAUGAAGAGGAUUAUGAACAACAUCGAGAGGAAGAAGAGGAGGAAACUUGUUUAAGUAACACCGAUCUAAAUCGUAGUGAAAACUUUUUACCUCGAGGCUAUGAGCAUACCCGUACACCCAUGCGCACCUCUACGCCCCAAAAAGGAGCCUCCAUGGCUAAUUUAUGCUCUUAUCCCAAUACCCCACUCAAAAAUCCCCAAGCCACUAAAAUGCUACACGAGUUACUCUCUACCCCUCCACGCAAAACUCCCGUUAAACCCACAACCCGUUCUCAGCACAAUACCCCGCGGCAAAUGUAUGCUUCUCAAAGAGAUUUAAGAAUGCAUUACGCUCAACAAAACUAUCACAUACAAAAUGGCACCCAAUCAGCUCCACCUCCUCCACCACCCAUAAUGCCACGUAAGAAUUCACAACUUUCACCACAAAGACUGCACUACGAGACGGUUAAACCGUUAACAAAUGAUCGUACUAUGGCUGUUAUACAACCUAGACUGGCGGGUUCUCGCAUACAUCCUCAAUUGGAAGAAGAGGAGGAGGAAGAUUGCAGCAGUAUACAGCAGAAGUCACCCAAUAAUAAUUCAUAUCCUCAGAAAAUUGCCAAUGCUACUAUAACAUUGGCUAUUGUUUCGUUAAUGCUAGUAUUGGGAAGUUCUAUGAAUUCGGCCCUAAUUGUUUAUAUGAUUGCUCAUAUGGGAAAAUCCUUUUAUCUGCAAUUCAGUUUAGUAGCUGCCAUCAGUGGUGUUGGUUUAGGUUUCUUAGGUUUUCGUUCGCGACAUUGCGAAUGGUUACCCAAUCGUAGCUAUACUUCGGGUUAUAUAUUGGUAACCAUGUUCUGCUUGCUCAAGUGUUGUGGUCUUUUAGUAAUACUAGUGUUGGAUCCGUAUCCUGGUUUACCUUUACAUGAUGUUACCACUGGCAUUAUUUUAGGUCUAUCCACUUUCACCAUGUUCUUCAUUGGUCUGGGGGUAAUUGGUACCCUGUGGUGUUAUCGUCCACCACCAGAUAAUCGUGUUGAUGUGGUGUAA